CUCCCACAUGCGCCCAAUUACCCGUAACGCUCAGACGUUGUGAAGCACCACAAUCAGCCCACCGCAACCAUCACACCAUACUCGCGCAGUCCCAAGCCCACACCGAAACAUCCACAUAUUUCACGAUGGCCCCCCAAACACACUCUAGACAAUGCCUGGCUAUACGACCGCCGUCUUCUUCGCACUCCAAGUUCUUCUCACCGCCUUCCUACUUUCGCGUGCCUCGUCUAACAUGACAUCUCCCCCAUCCAAGCAAUGGGCCGACAGUCCCUGUCCAUUAAUACAAACACCGCAAUUCAAGACCAAGAAGAUGGAUAUCUUCACCGUCGGCGCAACCCACAUGUCGCACAUCCACAACGCUAUCCUCCGCGGCUACAAUUCCAUCUACCAUCAAGCCCCGCUCAUCUCGCACGAGGACAAGGACGACUUCAUCGGGUACUGCCUCGCGUGGAGCAAGUUCGUGCAAAGCCACCAUGACAGCGAAGAAGGCGAGCUGUUCCCCACGAUAGAAGACGCGCUGGGCCGGAAAGAUUUGUUUGAAGAGACGCACAGGGAGCAUGAGGCGUUCCUACCAGGGCUGGCAAGGUUCGCAUCGUAUCUAGCCACGCUAGGCGAACCGUAUGACUUCGAUGGUGGGGAGUUAGUGAGGAUCAUGGAAACUUUCCAGCGGCCGUUUUGCCAGCACUUCCACGCCGAAAUCAAGACCAUCGCCGCGUUUGCUGAUCUCCCGGAAGCCAGUAGGGCCGAGGAAGCGGCUGCGGUGUUCAAGGCGUGGGGGAAGAAAACGGUGUCUAAGGCGGGGACCACGGAUGUGGUGCCGUUCUUCUUGCUGAACCACGACGUCACAUAUGAAGAGGGGAUGUGGGCGGCGUGGCCGCCGAUGCCAGCACCGGUGAGAUGGGGACUGGUGAAUCUUGCGGGGGCGUGGCACUGGGCAUGGUGGAAAUUUGCGAGCUGCGAUGCUGGCGGGCGGCCGAGGGAUCUAUGGGCUUUGGUGCAGCCGAGGAGGCCGGAGAUGGGGGCAAGGUCGUGAGUAGAGGAUGUUGGGAUGGUGUAUGAGUACUGUUGUGUAUCAUAUGAGAGGUGGUGCUGGGAUGAUUUUGGUGGG